AUGCUUGUAUUCAUUAAUCAAUUAUAUCAGAAACUGAAAGUACCAUUGAAAAAUUACAAUCUAUUUUCAUCAAUUCCACCAACAACCGAUGAAUAUCAACUUCAAAAUCAACGCAUUUCCACUAGAGUAUUUAUCGUUAUUCUAGUAUCUUCAUUACUUAUUCUGGUUCUCUAUACUUCACUGAUCGAUAUCACACAAACUGUAACUAUCAAUCAACCAACACUUACAAAAUAUCUGGAACUUUCUUCGCUACAUUCGCAAACAUUAACAUGUGAUUGUCAACAAAUAUCUAUUAACUAUCAAACUUUUCUCCAAAUCAAAUAUACAUUUCAUCAAAUAUGUAAUAGUAUUUUUAUCACUCAAAAUUGGUUCGACUUUCUUUCUGGCGGUCGACCAAAUGAAAUCGUGCUUGUCGAAGAUUUUCGAAGAACUAGUACAUUUAUAUUUCAAUCAUUGAAUACAUUAUGCAACUUAGUCAAACAAACAAUUAACAAUCGUUUAAUUCAGUUCUAUUCUACACAAUAUGUAAGUUCAUCAGUUGUUCCUUCGGAAACAUUCUCACUUCAAGUUGAUUCAUUCAUUUCUCAAUUUAUUUCUUCGAUGACAAAUGACUUUUUGUUAUCCCUUUCAUCAAUACGGCAAAUGAUACAAAGUAAUGCUUUACUUUCUGCACUACUUACUAAUUACAACCUGUAUGAAUAUUCCUCCAUUCUUUUCGUAUAUUCAUCUGCAAGGUGGUUUGGUAAUUGUUCAUGUGCGACAUCAGCGAAAUGUAUCUAUCAAGCAGCAAUUUACAAUUCGACAGGUUCAUUGUUAUUUAUUGUACCUGGUAUGUACUCCGGAUGUUAUAUUGUGGAAUCAUUACUUCAAUCUGAUCUUCGAUGUUUCUAUAAUCAAUCAUGUUUAAGUCAAAUUCAGUCAUAUUUUUAUGAGAGUACACUAAUGAAUAUUAGAGCUCUGAAUGAGUCAUUGCUGAUGGAGUUUCAUGUGGAUUCCACUAUCGAAGUUAUACUUAACAAUUUGAUGAUUGAGAAAUGGGAUUGGUUGAUAACAUAUGAAAAUUAUUAUAAUGAAUGUGCAGCAUCUCAAUGUAGUUAUACAUAUGAAACCAAGAAUAGGCCGAUUUAUAUAGUAACGACAAUCAUUGGAUUAGCUGGUGGUUUAAUCACUGUACUUAGAUUAUUCGUACCACGACUGAUUAAUAAUAUAAGACGUAAGAAGCAAAUGACAAGAGACGAAAUAGGUAAGAUUCACACACGGUUUUAA